CAGAAAUUUCCAGUUUUGUUUUGUUAUUUCAGAGUAAAAAGAAUCAUGGGAUGGCACGUCCUCCUUUGGCUAUUAAGAACCUUUUUAUUAAAUCUAUUGAAGUUUAAAAUCAAGCGAUCUAUAGAAAAUAGCCAAGUCAUAUGGCUUAGAUUGAACUGAAACUAUACUGGUAUCCAAUAAUAAAAAGUGUAUAGACUGAGAAGAAUAUACAUCAUACAGAAACUCAAAAUGGAAACAUGUAAUCAUGUUACUAAACUGAUUGUUGCAUUCUGCAUAUUGUGUAUGUCUCAUGGAACAUCUUUAACAAAAAUACACAACAAACAUUUCAAUGUCACAAAACUAAUUAAUAUACAGAGAACAGCAAAUCAUCACAGAACAGCAAAUCAUCACAGAACAGCAAACCAUCACCCUAUGUUAUACUUUGAUAAAGAUGCCAUCUCUGGAUUUAAACAUAAAGCUAGGACGACACAUGCCCAUAUUGUUGAAGACCUAUGUAAUGCUAGAGAUGACAUCCUCAAAUUGAGAGAAAGAACAAUGCCUCCUGGGAAGUACUCUAAAUUCGCAGGAUCCUGGAAUGAGAUUUAUGGGAAUGUUUUGCCUCCUUUGGCCAUGUAUCUUUUAAUCUAUCCAGAUGAUGAUGAAGUCUUCACGUUCAUCCAGGACUCAAUGGACCAACUGACUAAAUAUCCUGAUUGGUUGGUGAAGAAUAUGCCUACGGAUGAGGUCCCGAUAUCCCAUUCUCUUAUUGGCUAUGCCACAGUAUUUGAUUUUCUCUAUGACAGCUUCGAUGUCAAGCGUCAGCAAAAGUAUCUGAAUAAGAUCAUCGAAACGACAAGAUAUAUGUAUCAGAAAUCACAUCAACGUUUUUGGGGCAAGUGUUACAUUCAGAAUCAUGCUGCAUCCAACAUGGUGGCCAUCCUAACUGGGGCUAUAGUAGCAUCAGUACAUACACGAGAAGCUAGUCGUUGGAUAAAAGAAACAUUGACACUACUCGAAGGCAACAUGUACUUACUGGAUUUGAUAAAAGAUGGCUCUCUCAAUGAAGGAGUAUCAUAUGGAGCAUAUACAACUCGGACAUUGACACAAUACCUGUUCUUAGUUAAGAGACACUUUAAUAUUGACCAUAGCAAAAACACAUGGCUACGAGAACACAUCUGGUUUUACUUCUCAACCUUAUUACCUGGAUUUAAAGAAAAUGUAGCUAUAGCAGACUCGAAUAGAAACUGGUGGUAUGGGCCAGAGAGUCAAUUGACAUAUCUAGAUAGUUUUGUGUUGAGAAAUGGCUGGGGUAAUUGGUUAGCGGGAAAAAUCAGGGCAGCGAGGCAACAUGGGAUAUCACCUGGGGU